CCGAAGACGUUCAGCCCUACUGAACUGCCAACCCGAAUGAUUAAAUCAAACGGGGUGGUCAAUAGAAAAGUAGAAAUCAAAUACAAAUCCCUUUGUUUGUUUGUUUCAUUCACAAGAAAGAACACUCGAUCAAUCACUCCACUGAUGUGUCUGUGACGCGGCUACCACUCUCAGCCCAUCUGCGAUUCACAGAAAGCGACAAACCAAUAUUGGGACCUGAGAUGGCCACCAUAUCAUGAAUCUCCUUUACCUACCAAUUCCCAUUCGUUCAAAGUGCAAAUCCAACUCACCCUGUUCUUCUUAGUUACGGAAGCUGAAGCUCUCUCAAACUUGCGAAACCCAGAGAUUAUUUCAAUCGGCAACCCGAGAUCAUGUACAGGUCUGCGGUUGCCGCCAGGCUGCUGAGAGGUGUAGCCGCUAUCCACAACGGUUCGGGCUCGCUAAGUUCGUUGCAUCGUUCCAGGCGAUUUGCUCAUUCUUUGCCCUUCGCAACCGUAGAUGCUGAAGAGCUAUCGGGUGAUCGACCAGCUGAAGUACAGAACUUGGUGCAGGGGAAAUGGGGAGGAUCUUCCAGUUGGAACACAAUAGUGGAUCCCUUAAAUGGGGAACCAUUUAUCAGAGUUGCUGAAGUAGAUGAGAAAGGAAUCAAGCCAUUUGUGGAGAGCUUGUCCAAGUGCCCUAAACAUGGGCUACACAAUCCCUUUAAGUCGCCUGAGAGGUAUCUUCUGUAUGGGAACAUUUCCUCGAAGGUAGGGCACAUGCUUUCAUUGCCGAAGGUUUCUGAUUUCUUCGCAAGAUUAAUACAAAGAGUUUCCCCGAAGAGUUACCAGCAAGCUCUUGCUGAAGUUCAAGUCACACAGAAGUUUUUUGAGAAUUUUUCUGGCGAUCAGGUUCGUUUCUUGGCAAGGUCGUUUGGGGUUCCAGGAAAUCAUCUUGGACAGCAAAGUAAUGGCUUCCGAUGGCCUUAUGGCCCUGUUGCAAUUAUUACUCCUUUUAAUUUCCCGCUUGAGAUUCCGGUUCUUCAGUUGAUGGGUGCAUUAUAUAUGGGCAAUAAACCACUACUUAAGGUUGAUAGCAAGGUAAGUUCUUCCUUAUCAUUGCAUAAAUUGACAAUAAAUCAAGAGAGAAGGCAGAAACCUGCUAUUCACAGCUUGCUUAUGCUACUGAGGAUGCACAGUGAACAUAAAUAGCAGCAAGCUGGCAUAUAGUCUUCUAGGUAUCCAUUGUUAUGGAGCAAAUGAUGAGACUGCUUCACUAUUGUGGGUUGCCUGAGGAAGAUGUUGAUUUUAUCAACUCGGAUGGGAAAACUAUGAACAAGAUACUAAUGGAGGCCAAUCCACGGAUGACACUGUUUACUGGUAGCUCGAGAGUUGCAGAGAAGUUGGCUGUUGACUUAAAUGGUCGUGUCAAGUUGGAAGAUGCUGGAUUUGACUGGAAAAUUCUGGGUCCUGAUGUUUGUGAGGCUGACUAUGUUGCUUGGGUCUGUGACCAAGAUGCCUAUGCAUGCAGUGGUCAGAAGUGCUCUGCCCAAUCCAUUCUAUUCAUGCACGAGAACUGGGCUGCUACUCCACUUCUUUCAAAAUUGAAGGAGCUUGCUGAGCGGAGAAAAUUGGAAGAUUUAACUGUUGGUCCUGUUCUGACUGUUACUACUGAGGCGAUGCUUGAUCAUGUGAACAAACUGCUGAACAUACCCGGUGCAAAGCUGCUAUUUGGCGGGAAGGCAUUGGAGAAUCAUUCCAUUCCAUCCAUAUAUGGUGCCGUCAAACCAACAGCCGUAUAUGUUCCUCUGGAAGAAAUUCUCAAGGCAGGCAACUACGAACUCGUGACAAAAGAAGUAUUUGGACCGUUCCAGGUGGUGACGGAGUACAAGGAAAGUCAACUCUCCAUGGUAUUGGAGGCUUUGGAGAGGAUGCACGCGCAUCUAACAGCUGCUGUAGUUUCAAAUGAUGUCCUGUUUUUGCAGGAAGUUAUUGGGCAGUCUGUGAAUGGCACGACUUAUGCUGGGCUGCGAGCAAGAACAACAGGAGCUCCACAGAACCACUGGUUUGGACCGGCUGGAGACCCAAGAGGUGCUGGAAUUGGAACCCCAGAAGCCAUAAAACUGGUCUGGUCUUGCCACCGAGAGAUCAUAUACGACAUUGGUCCUGUGCCGCAGCAAUGGGAAAUUCCUCCAUCUACUUAAGAGAGAAACCCUUCAUGAUUUCCCCCGCUCUGCUCUAAACCGUUGAGAUGCAGCUAACUGAUGUAUGAGAAGUAGCCAACCGUUAUUGGACUACGAAGCCAAUUACGUUGCCAAUAAAAUGAGAUGUUUAUGUGUUGAAUUGUUCGGAGUAUAGAUCGUUCUUGGGACUAGUAUAUGAUCUGGUCUUUGCCAAGAAAUUGGUCCUAAUCAGCAUAGAACUAGAUAAGAAAUAAAGGAAAAUGAGGUUCGAAGUUAAUGGUUAGUGCAAUUUGCUCAAUCCGAUUUCGAUAAGGUCCUUUUUUGGUCAUUCUAAGGGGAUGUAUAAAUUCGAAACUAAAUGAACUGAAAUUGCU